AAAUGGCGGAAGUAGAAGCAGACUCGUUGAAUUUUCAUGAAAUGGGUCUUGAUGACCGCCUGUUAAAGGCAAUAGCACAGUUAGGCUGGGCUAAACCAACACUGAUACAGGAACGUGCAAUUCCACUGGCUUUAGAAGGCAAGGACCUCUUGGCUCGAGCUAGGACAGGCUCAGGAAAGACAGCAGCAUUUGCCAUUCCUCUUAUCCAAAGAAUUCUUAUCAGUAAACAGACAGCAACAGAACAAAGUAUAAAAGCUCUUAUAUUGACACCAUCCAAGGAAUUGUCAAAUCAAGCUAGUCACCAUAUACAGAGGCCUUUGCUGAUAGAAAAGCCUGACAUCAUCGUAGGCACACCAAGCAGGGUGUUAGCCCAUAUACAAGCCAAGAACAUAUACCUCAAGGAGUCCCUGGAAAUGCUUGUCAUUGAUGAAGCUGAUCUUUUAUUUUCCUUUGGUUACGAGAAUGAUGUAAAAACAUUACUUAGACAUUUACCCAAAAUAUUUCAAGCCUUUUUGAUGUCGGCCACACUAAGUAACGAAGUGGAAACCUUGAAGAAGCUUGUGCUGCAUAACCCUGUGAUUUUAAAACUUCAAGAAUCUCAGCUACCUGAGAGUGAUCGAUUAUUACAAUAUCAUAUCAAAUGUAAAGCAGAAGACAAGUUUUUACUUAUUUACACAUUAAUUAAAUUAAAACUAAUACGAGGAAAGACAAUUAUAUUUGUCAACAAGAUUGACAGGUGUUACAGAUUAAAGUUAUUUUUGGAACAGUUCUCAAUUGCAUCAUGUGUUCUGAACUCUGAAUUACCAGUAAAUUCUCGCUGUCACAUCGUGAAUCAGGUUAAUGAAGGAUUCUAUGAUAUUGUGAUCGCCUCUGACGAGAGUGUUCUUAGUAUGCCAGAUGACAAACUAGAUGAAUUGGAUGAAAUUCCAGAUGCAACAGUUGAGGCUGAUGAAAGUGAUAAUAAGAAGAAGAAAAGAAAAGGCAAAAAGCUAUCCAAGACAAUGAUGAAAAAAGUUAAAGAAUAUGGUGUAUCUCGUGGAAUUGAUUUCCAGAAUGUUUCAAAUGUUCUUAACUUUGAUUUUCCACCAACGGUUGAUGCCUACAUUCAUAGAGUUGGAAGGACUGCUAGAGGUUUUAAGAUGGGCACUGCUCUCUCAUUUGUUAAUUACAGUGAAAUUCACUUGCUACAACAAGCAGAAAUGAUUCUGUCAGGAGAUGAUGAAGUACCUGCUGUUAAACCGUACCAGUUUAAAAUGGAAGAAAUCGAGGGAUUUAGGUACAGAGCAAAGGAUGCCAUGAGAGCGGUUACCAAGGUAGCUGUAAAGGAAGCCAGACUACAAGAAAUCAAAAAUGAAAUUAUGAACUCUCAGAAGUUGAAAACAUACUUUGAAGACAAUCCACGAGAUCUGCAAUUGCUUCGGCAUGACAAAGUGCUGCACCCGGCAAAAGUUCAAUCACAUUUGAGACACGUUCCAGAUUAUUUAGUACCGGAUACAUUAAAACAAUUGAUGCCUAAAAAGUACCACAAGGCAAAAAGGAGAAGAAAUGUUCCUGUUGAAAUGCACAGCAAGAAGAAACAAAAUGCGCUGAAAGCAGUGAAAAGAAAACAAGAAGAUCCUCUGAAGAGUUUUAAAUUCAAAAAGUCUAAAUAGUAAUUUUGAUUUACGAUCACCUCAAAAUAGAAUAAAAUUCCUCCGUAUUUGGUAUACAAGUACUUCCUUGUCCUUAUGUAUGUGUUACCAUGGCUACAAGACAUUCGCGUCACCAGACCUCAGAAGAUUUUUUUUUCAUCCUUACUAUUUUCGAACAUGUCUACUGAUAAUACCAUUGUAAGACUGGUUAUUGGAGUUCAUAAAAACAACUGAAAAGUUGGUGCAUAGCUACCACUUUUUUGGGUGAUAUACAAUACACUAUUUUUUUAUAUAUAAAGUCAAGCG